AUUUUGCAGCGUGUGACGUCGGGAGCCUGAGACUGGGCGCGAGGGGAGCGGAACCCUGCACGGCGACGGUGCUGGCGCGCGCGCUGCGGCGAGAACGGACAGCAGAGAAGAUGCGCCUCCUGCACUUAAAAACAACACGACCGGAGAUCCGCUAAGGUCUCUCUCUCUCUCUCUCUCACACACACACACACACAUACACACACACACACACACACUGCUCUCUCAUCCGGAUCUGGAGACUAUAUUCAAUAUCAGUAUGCUGGCCAACAGCACAUUCCCGGACCUGGAAGAUGACUUGUUCUUCAAUUCAUCCGGCAACGAAACGCACGGUGAAGCUCACGGCAGCGCGAUCCUCAUCUCCUUCAUCUACUCUGUCGUGUGCCUGGUCGGACUCUGUGGCAACUCCAUGGUCAUUUAUGUCAUAUUCAGGUAUGCCAAGAUGAAAACUGCUACAAACAUUUACAUCUUGAACUUGGCGAUUGCGGACGAGCUGCUGAUGCUCAGCGUGCCCUUCUUGGUCACAUCUUCGCUGCUUCGCCACUGGCCGUUCGGCUCGUUCUUGUGCCGUUUGGUUUUAAGUGUGGACGCUGUCAAUAUGUUUACCAGUAUCUACUGCUUAACUGUCCUAAGUAUCGACCGAUAUAUCGCCGUAGUGCACCCCAUCAAAGCGGCCCGUUAUAGGAGACCUACAAUCGCCAAGAUGGUCAACUUGGGCGUGUGGAUGUUCUCGAUCUUGGUCAUUUUGCCCAUCAUCAUCUUUUCCACUUCCACACCAAACUCGGACGGCUCGGUCGCGUGUAACAUGCAGAUGCCCGAGCCGCAGCGUCGGUGGAUGGCAGUGUUCGUGAUUUACGCCUUUCUCAUGGGCUUCCUCUUCCCGGUGCUUGCCAUCUGCAUGUGUUACGUCCUGAUCAUAGCGAAGCUUAGAGUAGUGGCACUGAAAGCGGGCUGGCAACAGCGCAAGAAGUCCGAGAGGAAGAUCACGCUCAUGGUGAUGAUGGUGGUCACGGUGUUCGUGAUUUGCUGGAUGCCAUUUCACGUCGUGCAGCUCGUGAACGUGUUCGAGGAGCGCCACAACGCCACAUUCAGUCAGCUGGCCGUGAUUUUGGGCUAUGCCAACAGUUGCGCUAAUCCCAUCCUCUACGGUUUUCUGUCGGACAAUUUUAAACGCUCCUUCCAAAGGAUUUUAUGCCUCCGGUGGGUGGACAGCGCCGCUGAGGAGCCCAUCGACUACUAUGCCACGGCACUGAAAAGUCGCGGGUACAGUGUGGACGAGUUUCAGCCGGACAAUAUGGAGUCGGACAGUGCGUACAGGAACGGCACGUGCACGUCCAGAACUACAACACUGUAGUGAGCUUGAACAGACUUGAACAGAUAACACACAAAAUAUGUCGUUGCCAUGAUCAUUUAUUUAUUUAUUUAUUUAUUUAUUUAUUUAUUUAUUUAUUUAUUUAUUUAUUUAUGUGUUUGUCUGUUUAUAUUGUGUUUGUGUGUGCAGGAAUCAGCCAUUAACAUUUUUGGCUCUGUCUGUUUUAUCAAAUGGGAUAAAUGAGGCUUAUGUAGCUAUAUCAAUGAUGACACUGAAGCCUUGUAAUUGCAUUAGACUAUUAUCUGAUGUCGAUUUCAGUCUGAUGUUUCAAACAAGCGACUCUCAAAAAAACCCUGAAACUAAAAUAAUCAUAUAAUCUGGAUAAUCAUAAGUUGCAGUUGUUUAGGAGAAGCAGACCAACAUUUUCUCAAAACCACUAAUUUGGAGGCUAUUCAAAGUUUCAGAGGCUCUGUUGUCACUAUCAAUAAAAGCCACCAAAACAAUCUAAAUAAAGAUGAAUAUUUAAUAUGACAUUCGGGGUAGUUUCUGACAACUACAUCUUUAAUGCAGAAAACUGGAGUGAUCCUAGCCCCUGAAUCCCCAUGUUCUGUUUAGUUUUGUCUUUAUUUCCUACUGUGCAUUAAAGAAAACGAAUGCAGCAAAAUUAAUUUGUCCUUUAAUAACUUGCGGUUCUUUGUCACUCGGCUUAUUUAUAGCAUACACCUAUUGUGUUUAAAUACCAGUGCAUUCAUUUCUUAACUUAAAUGUUUCUUAAAUGUUAAAAGGCAACAUUUUUUGGUGACGGUCAUGAUAGGUACAAAACUUCAGCCAUAAAAAAUUAAAUCUCUUUAUAGUUCAUCCAAACACGUUCAUUUCAAAACUUAUCUCAACUCAAAUUCCUCUCUCACAAACUACACAUCUCAUUAAACAUUUCUAGAUUGUAUAUCUGUCUGAAACAAUACUAAAAAGCAUGAUUUCCAGUAAAAAAGAAAAAUAAAAGCAAGAAUUAAACAGAAUUGAAUAUAUACAACUUCAGUGCCUAUCAAAUAUUGCCAGUCAGAGCAAUGAGUUCUUUCAUGAUAUUUCAGGUUUGUUCAUUCCUUCCUUCUCUUAUGUAGCCUUUUUAUCCUGGUCAGGGUGGUAGUAGAUUCUGAGCCAAUCCUGGGAAUAUUGGUUGCAAGGCAGGGACACACACACACACACACACACACACAUACUCAUACACUCAUUCAAACA